UAGUAAAUAGUUCCGUGGAGGCCUUCAACUCGAAGCAGCGGUAGUUGAGUGUGUUGUCGAAUUAAUAACGCCAAUUUUUAGGCUCAUUUCACUCCAAUAAUGCCGUAUGCUAACCAGCCUACGGUGAAAAUCACAGAACUGACGGACGAGAAUGUCAAAUUCGUCAUUGAAAACACCGACUUGGCGGUUGCAAACUCCAUCCGCCGAGUCUUCAUGUCAGAAGUCGCCACUAUAGCAAUUGACUGGAUCCAGAUCGAUGCCAAUUCCUCAGUACUGCACGAUGAGUUCAUUGCACACAGAGUGGGUCUCAUACCUCUCACAAGUGAUGACAUCGUGGACAAAAUGCAGUAUUCUAGGGACUGUACCUGUGACGACUUUUGCCCGGAGUGUUCCGUUGAGUUGACGAUGGACGUUCGAUGUACCGAGGACCAGACGCGUCAUGUCACCUCUCGUGACCUUUUGUCCAACAACCCCAGAGUCAUCCCGGUGACCUCCAGGAGUCGAGACAACGAUCCCAACGACUACGUUGAACAAGAUGACAUUUUACUGGUGAAGCUCCGUAAAGGUCAGGAGCUACGGCUCAGGGCGUACGCCAAGAAGGGCUUCGGCAAGGAGCACGCCAAGUGGAACCCAACAGCGGGGGUGUCCUUCGAGUACGACCCAGACAACGCACUGAGGCACACGGUCUUCCCGCGACCCGAGGAGUGGCCAAAGAGUGAAUACUCUGAGAUUGAGGAGGAUGAGGUUCAGGCUCCCUAUGACCCCAAUGGAAAGCCAGAAAGGUUCUUUUACAACGUGGAGUCGUGUGGCUCGCUGCGACCGGAGACCAUCGUCAUGUCAGCCCUGGCCGUCCUCAAGAAGAAGCUCAGUGACCUGCAGACUCAGCUGAGCCACGAGAUCCAGAGCGACGUGCUCACCAUCAACUGAAGACCACGCACCAACGGAACCGGACCUGCAUUCAUUCUGAUCCCGCGCUGCCUGGAUCACACAUACUGUUUAAGGAAUUGGAUGGAUCCUCCCCCUGUAUACAGGCCUCAGAUCUGUAUGUGUCUGUCAGCAAAAUAAAAUGUUUCAAUAUUUGAAAUCAACACACAUUAUUGGGAUUAACAUCCAUGUACAAACAUAUGAGAUUUCAGUACCAGCAGUGAUUGUAGCUCAAGCAGUGUGUGGGAGCUUGUCUCAGAAUGAAACAGAUUUUGGUAUUGUUGUCGGCAGUGUAUUUACACUAUUAGAUUAUUAUUUUGUUACAUGUAACUUUUUAAAUAAAUCUGUCCUGAGGAACU